AUGACUCUUCGCACUACCCGUGCAGGCACUAGAAAUCUGGUCAAAGAGGAAAUCAAACGGGUCAAAAAGCAACUUGAAAAAGUCCGAAAAUGGGAGAAAAAGUGGGUGGUUCUUGGUGACGGCGGAUUACGCGUCUACAGAUGGGUGCCCAAGAAAGUUUCCGAGUCCGAAGAGCAGGAGAAGGAAAAGACAUCUCCUCUUAAAGCCAUUCUAAAGCAGCAGAUGGCGGAAAAAGCAGCGACUUUAGCUGGAACUGGGACGAAAGACGAGACAACUUCCGGGAACGACAAUCCUCCCGCAGAUGGAAACGCUCAGAAAUCAUCUCCUGAAAAGUCCACUACGGAAGCUGCAAAACCAAUGGAAACUAAUUGA